CCGCGUUGGUUCUUUGGGACCGUUUACCUUAUUCAUCUUCAACUCCAUCUUCCCCUCUUCUUUUCUUCCCCCUAAGAGAACUAUAUCCACCACCGCACACACUACCUUGGAAGUGUGCAUACACACGAAAACGCCUAAAAAUAAAUAAAAACGUAGACUGUACAUAAGAAUCUCAUACCAACCCAUCCCAUAAAACACCAUGGCGGAACCAACCAACACCCCAAUGCCAACGGCGCCGCCGACCCCGCGCUCCACCUCCCCCGCACCGGCGUUCACGCGACCUAGCAGCACGAUCUUGAGUCUUCCGAAGCCGAUCGGGAUGCCAACCUCGGGGCUAGCCACAACCAUUACCUUCGCCACACCCCUGCCCGUGCCAGGGGGUCCGCUGGGCUCCAAGCCCGUCGUCCUGCACAUCGGCGACCCCAUCCAGUAUAACCCGGAGACGUACACGGAGUUUACCACGCAAUUCGACGUCGUGCGCCCCUCCACCGAAGAGCGCCAACGGCCCGCAUUCAUGCAGGCGCUCAAGGACCGCCGCUGGGGCGACUUCUCCGCCAUAUUCCGCCCGUUCUGGGGUACCGGCGGGGAGAUGGGGGAUUGGGAUAAGGAGCUCGUGGGUUUGCUGCCGGAGAGCGUGAGGGUUUUCGCGAGCGCGGGGACGGGGUUCGAUUGGGCUGAUACGCAGCUUUUGGGCGAGAGAGGCAUCCUCUACUGCAACGGCGGUCUCGCCGCCGCCGAAGCCGUCUCCGACUUCGCUAUCGCCAUGAUCAUCAGCACCUUCCGCGCGCUCCCGUACUGCGUUUCCUCCGCCGCCGCCCCCUCUUCCUUUCAGCUCUGCCAUGCGAACGCCACCCAGCGCUCGCAUAACCUGCGCGGACGCGUGUUGGGUCUCGUUGGGCUCGGUAACAUCGGCCAGCAGAUCGCGGCGAAGGCGCGGCUCGCGUUUGGUAUGGAUGUUGCGUAUUUCGAUGUCGAGCGCAAGCCUGUCGCGCUGGAGCAGAAGUUGGGGGUGAGACAUACGGAUAGUUUGGAGGAGCUGCUCCGCGAGGCUGAUUGUGUGGUCUUGUGUACGCCGGGGGGUGCGGGGAAGUUGGUUCGUAGGGAGAGUUUGCAGUGGUUUAAGUACGGGGCUAGGUUGGUCAAUAUUGCGCGCGGUAGCUUGGUUGAUGAGGAAGCGCUGGCGGAGGCGUUGGAGCAGGGGAGACUGAGUAGUGUGGCGCUUGAUGUCCAUGCUGAGGAGCCGAAUGUCCACCCACGGUUGCUGAAGUUUGCGGGGGAUAGGGCGAUGUUGACGUGUCAUAAUGCUGGGGGCACGGUUGAGACGCAUGUCGGGUUCGAGGAGUUGGCGAUGCGGAAUAUUAUGGCGGUGUUGGGCGGUGGGCAGGCUGUUACGCCGGUCAAUUCUCAGUGGUUGAAGAGUAAGGUCGUGUCGUGAGGGUCAAGAUCCCGGGAUGAGAAAAGGUGGUGCGGGUGAGAGAGGAUUGAUAUUUACAUACAUGGCAAGCGGCAACGUGAUUACGGGAGUUGAUUUCUUUUUGGCGAGUGAGCAGGUAAGCAGGUAAAGGCAUAUGUUAACAUGAGAAAAUGAGAAAUGAGAUAGGGUUUACUCGGUUGGGAAAUACCCAUAGAUGGCAAAAAAGGAGAUC